UCCCAAAUUAUCAACUCUUGUUCAUCUCUACAAAAUAAUUAAGUGUGAAGAAGUUAAUUCGGUUGUGAUCAUGGCGGGGCGCUACCAAGUGGAAGUGAGCAUCACCUCCGCCAAAGACCUCAAAAACGUCAACUGGCGCCACGGCAGCCUCAAGCCCUACGCCGUCGCGUGGGUGGACCCCAAAGCCAAGUCCUCCACCCACGUGGCCUCCGACGGCGAGUGCGACACCUCCCCCACCUGGGAUCAGACUCUCCUCAUCCCCUUCGACUCACCCAUCGAAGACUCCACCCUCCACAUCGACAUCGUCCACGCCGACGACACCAAGCCGCUCAUCGGCUCCGCCCGCCUCCCCCUCCGCGACCUCAUCGACGACGUCGGCCUCGGCCGCCGCGCCGACCGCACGCUCCACCUCACGCGCCCCUCCGGCCGCCCCCAGGGGAAGUUAGACGUCGCCGUCAGCGUCCGCGAGCUGGGCUACCGUGCGCCGGACCCUUACUAUGCACCGCCGUACGGCGUGCCGCCUCCCCCGUACGCGGCGCCCUACGGCGGGGCUCCUGCUUAUGCGGCCCCGCCGUCGGGUUAUCCCGCGUACGGAGCUCCUCCUCCUCCGAGCUACGGGUACGGGUACGGGCAGGGUAGUUACUACGGUGGGCCCCAGCAGGGAUACGUGGAGGAGGAGAAGAAGGGAAGCAAGUUUGGGGGGAUGGGGACGGGAUUGGCUGUGGGUGCGGUUGCAGGGGUCUUGGGUGGAAUCGCGCUCACCGAAGGUGUUGAUGCCCUUGAGGAUCAUAUUGCUGAUGACGUGGCGGAUGAUCUGGCUGAUGAUGCAGGUGAUGAAGAAGAUUAUUAAAAUUUAAUCAAGCUUAUACGUGUGUAUUUUUUUUCACUUAUUUGAUGUAUACAUUUCUUGCUGCCAAUCAACCUGUCCAAGAAGAAAAAAUUGUGGAAUAAAAAAAUGUGUUGUAUA